AGGUUCGAAAAUGAAUUUCCAGGUGUCAACCAUACCCAAGUAAAAAAUCUCGAUGAACAGCUUAUAUAACAGACUCAGAUCAACAAGCAGUAGUAGCUCAAGGCAAUGGAUUUGAUUCAGCUUCUUUUUCUCACUGCUCUCUCUAUUCUCUCAAUCCCCUUCCUCCUCAUAAACUCACUGCUACGUCCCAGGAGCAAAAAGAAGCAUACUGUGUAUACAGCCCCUGGAGCGUGGCCCUUAAUCGGCCAUUUAGCGUUCUAUGACGAUGUCAAGACGACCCACGUUGCUUUUGGGGAAAUGGCCGACAAGUACGGACCCGUGUUCAUGGCAAAGCUUGGUUCUCACAACGUCCUGAUCAUAAGCAGCCAAGAGGUGGCCAAAGAAUGCUACACCGUCCACGACAAAUUCUUGGACCGGCCUGGCCUCACCGCUUCGACGCUCCUAGGCUACAACGACACGUUCAUGACGUUUAUCCCUUAUGGUGCUUACUGGAGAGAUAUGAGGAAGAUAACUACCUCUGAGGUCUUAUCAGCCUCGGUCAUGGAAACCUUCAAGUUUCGUAGGGCUAGAGAAGCCGAUGUGGCGUUCAGAGACUUAUACAAGAGGUGGGACCAAAAGGGUAGACCUAAGAACGGAGUCUUGGUGGACAUGAAGCGAGAGUUUCAGUAUCUAACCGCGAACAUCUCGCUGAUGAUGGUCGCAGGGAAGAGAUACUUUGGGGAAAGCCCUAACUGUGACACCGGAGAAGCGACGAGAUGUGGAAAGCUGAUACGAGAGUUUAUUGAUUACUUCGGGUUACUCUUGUUCUCCGAUGCCAUACCAGCUCUAGGUUUUAUGGAUUGGGUUAUCAAGAGAGGCAUGAAGAGAACGGCUAAAGGGUUAGAUAAGGUUGUUGAAAGUUGGGUUGAAGAACACAAGAAUAAGGAUUUUGGUGGUGGGAGUGAAAAGGACUUCAUGAUUCUGAUCAUGGAGAUUUUCAAAACAGACAAGGUUCUUAGUCUUGAUGAUGCUCAUGCAACCAUCAAGGCCCUCUCACUCAACUUGGUAUUGUCAGGGAGCGAGACAUCAAUUGUAGUUUUGGUUUGGGCUGUCUCGCUGCUCGUGAACAACCCAAACGUGUUGAGGAAAGCUCAAGAGGAGCUUGACCGUACUAUUGGCAAGGAAAGAGUUGUAGAAGAGUCUGACAUCAAAGAUUUAGUUUACAUCCAAGCCAUUAUCAAGGAAACAUUCCGUUUGUACCCAUCAGUGCCUCUCGUCGCCUAUAGAACUGUGAUGGAGGACUUCGACAUCGUCAAUGGAAACUAUCAUAUUCCUGCAGGGACACAAUUGCUCGUAAAUGCGUGGAAGAUUGGGAGGGAUCCAAAUUUGUGGUCUGACCCUGAAAAGUUUGAGCCAGAACGGUUUUUGACAUCUAACAAAGACGUAGAUUUUGGUGGACAGAAUUACAAGUUGAUUGCAUUCGGGUUAGGACGACGGACGUGUCCUGCAAUCCAUUUAGGUCUCCGGGUGGUUCAUUAUAUCCUGGCAAGGUUCUUGCACAGCUUCGACGUGGCAAGACCAUCGAGUCAAGAAGUGGACAUGACGCAGACCAAUGGGAUGGUCAAUCUCAAAACCACUCCACUCGAAGUCAUCGUAACACCUAGGCUUCAUGAAACUCUCUACACUGCGGAUCGCACUGCUUGAUUACUAUCCCGACAUUGAUUUAGCGUGUUUUAUAAUAAAAUGAUGUAUGUGGGUUUGAACCAGGGUACCGCGUCACUGAUAAUCCAAAAUGUUAUUUCUACUUAAGUAUUGGAAUAAUAUGAUGAAUUCAUGGAUUCUCAAAUUGAUAUCAA